GAUAGUGCAUCAAGAUCUGCUGGAUCCAGCCCAGCAUUGAGGCUUUAGUAGCCGAUCGAACCUGCAGCGAAGCACAUCACAGAAUCAAUGGCGUAUUUUACGCUAGUCGUCAAUUCAUCGGCAUCACACAAUAGAACAACCGACCAACUCGCUCCGGAGUCACCCAUUCUGACACUGCUCAAACAAAAUCUCCGCUUCAAAUCAGGAAUAUUACAUUUUCACAAUACCUGCAAUAGACAGUUUCAAUUUCCUGGCUGUAUUGUCAUAAUAAAGUGCCAAGUGCGUGACGCUGUGAUUUCUCCUAUCGAUAAAUAUUACCGCAUAAUCUCUCACCUGGUGUAUUACCAGCGCUACACGUAGAUUGGUCAGCGACAUCACUAAGUUGACCAAAAGUAUUUCGUUGAGCUAGCCAAACAUCCGGGAUUUGGCAGCGUAGACGAGACAGCACUAUAAACAACGAAUACGUUCUACACACUACAUACUGUAUCAACUCGAGCCAUGCUCAUUAAACCUUCGAGAUGCCAUUCGCUUGCCGCCAGCUGUCCGAAAUCAGACAGAGCUCAGAUCGGAUCAUCAUUUCUUGUUUAACCGCGUCUAGCCAGGGUCGAUCUUCGUGAGUCAGCAUAUUAAUUCAGCUUCGGUUACGAU